AUGAAGAAAAGAAAUGCAAACACAUCAACAGGCAGUGUGAAAUCAACACUGACGAAUGAUCAAGAAAGCCAUGUUCCUGCGGAGAAGCAGAAGUUAAUAUCCACAAGAACAGAUCGUAUCUUUUUCUUCUACGCCUCACUGGCUGGUACCUUUGGAGCACUUUCCGCCGUUGUUGGUAAACUCGCCGUGAUGGACGACAGCGGAGACGCAUUGACAGCAUUCACCACAACUAUUCUUUCCUUCUUUGGUGUGCAAGAGAUCACUCAUAGUCACUGGGUCUCUGUAAUGCCAAUGUCAUUAUUAGUAACGCGUGGAUUGUUAUUUGCGGCGAAUGCCUUUUUUACAGCACAAAUGUGGAGAUGGUAUUUGAAAGCACUUUCCUGUGGUCCUACACCGGUGUGUCAAAUUGUCAAUACGGGAAUGAAUUUUGCGAUAAGUGCCUUUCUGGGUCUUUUGAUCUUCCAUGAGGAAGUUACCAUCAUGUGGGCGAUAGGGGCUUUACUCGUUGUUGUGGGACUUGCGGUAGUUGUGACGGAUGAUUUAGAUAAGGAUUCUGUACAGAAGCAGAAAUCAUAA